AUGGAUGAUGAAUACAAGUGGCACGGACCAUGUAUUCCUAGUGGUUCUGAUUUGAUACCAAAUGUUCCUCAUCGAAAUCAAAAACUGGAAACUGUCGAACAGUCACCAGAAAAUCAGGGCGAAAUGUCUGGCCGAAGAUCCAGAAAACGACGAAGAUCGGAAGCCAUUGAAACUGCACUAGAUCAAAUUAGUGAGGAAUUCCGCAAGUAUGUCGUUGUAAUCAAACAUCCAAACGGUGGUGCCUCAAUAUUAGCAACUGAUUGGGAUGAAAUCCAAAAGGGUUUCGAUGAAGAAAGUCAGAAAGAAUUCGCGACCCAGUUUGUUAACUGUGGUCUUGCCGAAGUGGACAAUGUGGCAGUUUUCGCCAUGGGUGUUGUGAAAAACGCCAUGAAUUAUCUUUCUAAUGUUUUGUGGUUUAUGGCCAAUGAAUAUCCUCAAAUGGCCGUAAAAAUUGGUUCAUUGAGCAAUAAACAAGAAAUUACUACAACUACCUUAUCAGCUUACUUCAAGAAAGUUUGCGAAUCAUAUGGGGAAGGGACAUUCAGAUAUGGUCCACUACAUUCAAUAAGUUUAGUUGGUGCUAAAAAAGAAGAAUGUGGUCGACAUUGUCCAAGGCUCAUUGCGAUGAUUGAAUCAUUUCCCAUGUUCAAACUUUUAAUGCCUUGGAGUGAACUUUCCAUAAUGGACCAUGAAGAGUCUGAGAGCGAUGACGGGCCAAUUUUUUGGGUUCGUCCUGGUGAACAGACUGUUCCUCUUGACUAUGAGUCGAACGCUUCUGGAAGCACUGGUGCUUCGACCAAACGACAGUCCUACAGGAAAAAAGAAAUUCGCGAAAUUUUUUUCGAAGAUCGAACGCAUUCGCAUUGUGAUCAUACAGGAGAUGGUUAUCCUACUGCAGCCGUUGGUUUUCUUCAGAAUAUUGUUGACGAUCAAAGGACUGAAAAACCUAUCGUCAAAGAUGUCAUAUGUUUUCAUGCAAACAACUUCCAUCAUGUUAUGUAUUCUUUGCACCUUGAUCCAUACGAACCACCCUCAUCUCAGUGUCUUCAAUGGGUUGGAGAAGCAAAAUUAAAUCAAUUAAGGCGAGAAGGUAUAAAAUACACUCAUCUCCAGUUGCAAACCAAUGAUGCCUAUUUCAUUCCGAGGAAAGUAAUUCAUCAGUUUCGUACUAUCAAUGCAUGUUCAACUGUUGCUUGGCAUAUACGUUUCCGCAAAUAUUAUGUGGAUGGUUCAAAUGUGAAAAAAAGAAAAAAAGAGGAAGCAUAA